AUGGGGCUCGAAGAGGACUCCCGUGCCCCGAUUGGUCUGACCUCUCCUCACGGAGUCAGUGCGGGGAACGCAGAUGUCCUUCCCUAUGCUACAGAUGUCUCCGAUGCAGUAGGGUCUGGCACCUUUGCCGCCAAAGCAGGUGUAAGCAAGAGAACCCGAACACAUACGGAUGAGGAGGCUUCCUUGCUGGAGAAGCUGUUGGAGGAAACGGAGGCUGCAGAUGCCAAGGAGUACGUCCCACUUAAAAAGCGCAAAGCAAUACGGGAGCAGCUUCUGAAAAAACAGCUGCAGGCUCUCAACGUACAUUUGGAGACAGAAGAGGCCGGCUUCGUGGAAUCUGAUCAAGAUGGAGAAGCAAAACAGAAAGAAGCCAAGCAGAAGGAGGCAGCCAUGUCAAAAGCCCGUCUUGACUUUAGGAAAACGCUGCUCGCGACGAGCCGCAAGCUGCGGCAGGAAGCAGAAAGGAACAAAAAGGAUGUUGUGCAGGAAAUCGAGGAGGAAGAACAACGCAUUCUGGAACAGGUGUCGAAAUCACUAGGAGCGCCCUUGCAAGGCGUCAGAGAGCGUGCCAAGGGUAUUGUCUAUUCCAAGCGAAUGGCCACUUCAUGGACUAUGCCUGCUAAAUACCGUGAGAUGACAGAGGAAGAGGCGAAAGAGGUCAGGGAGCGCUUCUUCGUUGACGUAAAUGGGACAGAUGUGCCACCGCCUUUCCGCAAUUUCAAGGACAUGUGCUUUCCCCAGCCGAUUCUAGAUGCUUUGAAAAAGAAGAAUAUCACAGCACCCACCCAGAUUCAGAUGCAGGGCAUCCCUGCACUGCUACAAGGCCGGGAUUUGAUUGGUAUCGCCUUUACUGGCAGUGGGAAGACCCUCGUGUUCACUCUGCCUAUGAUUAUGGGGGCUCUAGAAUCAGAAAUGCGCUCCCCUUACAUCCCUGGAGAGGGCCCUUGGGGACUGGUGGUUUGCCCUUCGCGGGAGCUAGCGAGCCAGACCACUGAUGUGGUUAACUUUUUUGCGACUGCUCUUCACGAAGGUGGAUAUCCGCAGCUACGCUGUCUGUGUAUGAUUGGAGGAGUUAGUACACAAGAGCAGGCUGCAUAUAUACGUAACGGAGUGCAUUGUGUGGUUGCAACUCCUGGACGGUUAACGGAUAUGCUCAAUAAGAGGCGUAUGGGGCUUAACCAGUGCCGCUAUCUGGCAUUCGAUGAAGCAGACAGAAUGGUGGAUAUGGGUUUUGAAGAGGAGGUCAGAAAUGUGCUGGAUUGCUUUGGCCACCAACGACAGACUCUUUUAUUCUCUGCUACCAUGCCUCGAAAGAUUCAGGAGUUCGCGAAGUCUGCGCUAGUCGACCCCAUAGUUGUCAACGUCGGCAGAGCAGGCGCUGCAAACUUGGAUGUUAUUCAAGAAGUAGAGUAUGUUAAGCAAGAAAAUAAGCUUCCGUACCUCCUGCAUUGUCUGCAAAAGACAGAGCCUCCAGCUUUGGUAUUCUGCGAGAAUAAGAAGGAUGUGGAUGAUAUCCAGGAAUACCUGCUAUUAAAGGGUGUCGAAGCCGUUGCGAUUCAUGGAGGUCUUGCCCAAGAAGAACGUAGCGAAGCUGUUCGCCUUUUCAAGGAGGGGCGAAAGGACGUGCUAGUGGGAACAGACGUGGCCUCAAAAGGGCUCGACUUUCCAGCGAUCCAGCACGUAAUUAACUUCGACAUGCCCAAGGAAAUCGAAAACUACGUUCACAGGAUUGGGCGCACUGGUCGAUGUGGGCGCACGGGUGUGGCAACAACCUUUAUAAACAAAAACUCUGAAGAAACAGUUCUUCUGGAUCUCAAGGCGCUUUUGAUCGAGGCAGGCCAGAGGAUCCCUCCAUUCCUCGAUGCUUUGGACAGCAGAGGGUUGAACCUUAAGGAAAUUGGAGGUGUGAGAGGAUGCGCGUAUUGCGGGGGCUUGGGUCAUCGAAUUGGGCAGUGCCCCAAACUGGAAAGCCAGAAGCGACAGACUCAGGGCUCUACGGGCAAGGACUAUUUGACGUCAGGAUCGCGUUAUGGUGGCACUGGAAAAUAUGGUGGCGAGUGGUGA